AUGUUUGGCCUCAGCGUAUACGCCGCGCCCGCUAUGCGAGAGAUGGGCAACAUGACGUUUGCGGUCAUUGAUUCCAUGUCCUUGCCCAUUUUGGCUUUCCUCUUCAUUGUCUGCGCUAUCAUCUCGCAUCUAAUGCCGAGAUCAGAAAAGUGUCUCUCCCUCCCUACCUCAUCCCCCGACGGCUUCUCCUCCCACCGCCAUGCCCACUCCAAGCUCCCGAACGCCCUCCCCAUUCCUGCCUGGUACUCCCUCUCCACCUCCUCGGACCGCGCAGACACCCCUACCGUCCGCAAAUCAUUCGCGCGGCAGAUCGAGGAGAUGCUGCUCACGCCGACAGCGUCGCAUGAUGAUGUCCCGGCGUACCCGUACCCGAGGAGAGGGAGCAGGGGCCGGGCGAUGGGGAUGAGCAUGCGUUGUGGAUUGGGGACGGUGCUGGAGGUGGCGGAGGAUGAGGAGGUGUAG